CAUUUAGAAUCAAGCAUGUUGAACAUGAUAGAAAGCAUGCAAAAAGUUUCAAUUAAUACGAAAUACAAAAUAUGUCGGAGACUUAGAAAGGGCAUGUCCAGAGAGGAUGUAAUAGAAAUGAGAAAGGAAAGUAUGGUAGGGUUCCGCAACGAGCACCGUUUAGCAAAGCUUGCCGAAAAGAAACUUGCACACGAGAAAGCCAAAGUAGAAGAGAUUCUUCAUCGCUUGAAUCAGGACAAAGCAAGAUGGCACUUCAGAAGAUCAUUAUUUAUGAACAAAAUAAUAUCGAAGAAUUUGUUGCCAACUUUAAUUCAUGUGAAAGAUGAUAGAGGAGUAAUGGAAGCAAUCAUUAAGGUGUUACAAGAGCUGAUGACACCUGUGGAGUGCCUCAUGCCGGUGGAGAUAAUGGGAAGAAAUUAUGAGGGUCGGCAUAUUGUACAUGAACUGGAAUCAUCCAUAGUAAUGACUAAGAAACUAUUCCUAGACACCCGCGUCACAAAAGCUCUCAUUGAUUUGAUGAGCACUGUCUUACAGGAUUCAAAGGUGCUAAGCCUUGCCGAGUGUGAACUUAUCAACCAUUGCCUGUUGCUCGUGAGAAACCUCCUUCAUGUGAGCAACAUCCCUUGCCCACUCAUUAACAAAGCCAUGUACAAUCCACCAACAUCAUCCUCUUCCUCGAAUCAGCAGGCUGGAACAAGUCCAGAUGUUUUGACAGAAGACCAAAUAAUGUGGAACCUGUUUGCUCAUAGAUUUGACAAUAUCUUGAUACAGUUGCUAACUUGUGACCAGCAGCAUUUGUGGAAUGUCACCUUAGUCCAGCUUGUUUCCUUGAUGUAUCGUGAGCAGCAGCAAAGCACAAUUCGAAAGCUUAUUCAUGAGUGGUUGGAAUCUUCUCUCUCGGAGAGUUCGGAGGAUGAUGAGAACAACACCAUGUCAUCGUCAUCCUCAGAUGCCAUCUCAACAUCUGAUCCAGUAUCAGACUCCUCAGAAAGGUUAUCUCCUGUUGACAGUGUUAACAAAGGGGAGAAGACACAUCCGAAUGUAAAUGAAAGUAAUGAAAAUUCAGACACUUCAAGAAUUGCAAAAACAGAUAAAGAAGAUAGCUGCAAGGACAGUGGGUUUGGUCGCUCAGGUUCUAACAUGGACUCAUCUCCCGAAGAGUCAGUCUCUGAGGGCACUAGUCAACAUAUGGGUAUGCAGAAAACGUGGAAUUCCACAUCUACAAAUGAUGAUAGUCAGCAAUAUUCCACUGAUCAGACAUCAUCAAUAAACAAUUUGGACCAAGUCCAGAAUAUAAGUGUACAACAUAGUGAAAAUAAGCUCGAUAAUGUAUCUAUAGACCAAAUGGAUACCUCUCCUUUAGGACUUGACAAUGUCAAGGAUAGUGCAUGUGACAUGAAAGAUGAACUGAGUGAAAGAGAAAGUGACCAAGGAGGAAGUGGAGGAAGUGAAGGGGGUAGUGAAGGUAGUAGUCCAGUGCCUGCAAUGGGCCAGGAAUCCCCAAUAUCACAGAUAGACAUUGAUAGUAGGGAUCCAAAUCCUCCACAGUACAUUCAUAAUGUUGAAGAUGAAAUUCUAACAGCUGUUGGCUCAUUGUUAAUGGAGGAUGGUGGCUGUGACCCAACACCAUUAAGAGUAGAGACCAUAGAUAAUAUGGGCCAAAUGGAUGAGGAGGUUAAUCAACAAAUGUGUUCACCACAGGAAUCCAUCAAGAGACCCCCAAACAAAGAGGAGUCAGGGUCAAGUGGUGAUUCAAGUGAGAAAAAGCCUCCACCUCAGUUGCCAAAGUUACUAAAAAAUAAACCCUUAACGGGUCAGAAAAGAUCCAGACAUACAAUGUCACAGAAGAUGCUUUCAGAGAGCCAGGAGAAUAAUGAAUCAAGUAACUCAACAGGCUCAGAAUGUGAUGAGGGCCCCCAUGCCAAGAGACCACAUCAUCAGAAGCCUCACAAGAUGCUGAGCAAGCCAAGACCAGCCAAAAUGUUGCAGAAGGCGCUACAGGAAAGAAACAUCAAACGGAGUAAAUUGAUGAAGCGCAAAGAGAGCAAUAGCAUAAAGGCAAAAGCCCUCUUACAUCAUCACCCAACAGCAGAUGACAUUUCGAACUUACUGAAGGAGUUUACUGUUGACUUUAUGCUUAAUGGGUAUUCCAAUAUGGUACAGGGUUUAAGACUACAAGUUAUGUUACCCUACCAGAUUGAUCUUGACAAAUCUCAUGUUUUGUGGCUCAUUACAUAUUUCCUGCGCUUUGCUGUUGAGCUGGAUUUGGAGCUCUCACAAAUUUGCCCAGUUUUAUCUGUUGAUGUGGUUUCAUACUUGGUAUAUGAAGGAGUAGUUAUGCAAGAAGAACUGGAACAAGCAGUCCGUUCUGGUGAAGACAACCUGCUCCCUCAUGUCAGACGCCUGCAUCUUGUGGUUACAGCUCUUAGAGAAUUUUUUGUAGCUUUAGAUGUCUGUUUGAAGAAGGAGCAGAACCUAUGUAAUGCUGGGAAUUUAUUGCAGAUAAAAGAGGAACUAGGGCAACUUGUUGAAGUCCGACAGUUGUUCGUCUUGUUGAUACGCAUGUACAGGCCAGGGGUAUUGAACCUCAAUUAUCUCCAAGAUCUCAUUACAACAAAUCAUCGAUUCUUGACAACUCAGGAGGGCAACAACCUCACAAGUGCAUCCUUGCAGUGUUUCAACAUUGUAAAUCACAUCAAGCAGUUUGCCACCAUGGACAUGAUGCGUCAAUAUGGCCGUCUCCUCGAAAACUUCAACAUCAAUGAUGAAACCGUAAAUGACUGCAUAUUCACAAUGAUGCACCACAUUGCAGGAGACUUGCGUAAUGUUAAUGUUUUACUGCAGCCACCAAUUUUGAGAGUAUUUCUACGCAUUUGGAAAGAAGGCUUUGAAUUGUGUGCCGACUGGGCGGAUCUCAUAGAAUAUGUAUUAAGAAAAUGCACUCGUGUUCGCACAGAACACCCAAAUAAGGAAAAGAAAGACACACAGAAACCAGUGUCAGAACCUCUCGGCAUUGAACUGACGGAUGAAGACCUAGACCAGCUCUACUCUCUUUACACUGCUUCCACCAGUGAGCAAGAUUUAAUGGACAAGAUCAAGGAAAUAUGCUGCGAUGAUUCAAUUGAAGAACCUAUUAAGAAAGAAGUUAUCCAGAAGUUGCUUGCCCGAGGAUUUAUAACUACAAGUGAAUGUUCAAAACUUUGUGCUGAAAUACCACCAAUCGAGCCCCUGGCCAGCAAGAGUGAGGGGGCCCUGAGUGUGGAGUGUGAUGUCAUGCAAGUGAGCAGUGACUCUGAGGAAUCCAUGGAUGCACCACAGCCUGCACCAGAACCUACACUCAAGAACAUUAACAAAAAGUAUUCUGAGAAGAACAUCAACGAAGUUCACGAGAUGAUGCCACUGCUUGGCCCACUGAAAAGUAAGAAACUGGCAUCGCAGGAGGUUGACAAUGCAAAGAACUUGGAAGAGAAGAUCAUCCCAUUGCACAAGGAAACAAGUGAUUCAGUACAAGGUGCUUCAUCAGACAAGACAGAAGAAAGUGCAGAAAGCAACAUGACCUGUACUGAAGAUAGCACUGACUGGGAUGACAACACUACCAUUACAAUGCUUAUAGGCCAACUUAAAGAAGAAGGCUAUGGGGCUCAGGUCCAGUGGUUGCAACUUCAACUCUUAGAAGCCUGUUAUUCAAAGCUGAAGAUGGUUGGCCCAAAUCUACCAAAAGCAGAACCUGUUCCCUGUCAUUUCACGUUAUCAAACCAAUCUAUACCACUAGUACCUUGGACAAGUGAGCAGGAAGAAGCUUUUUCCUCCUUAAAGUUCCGCCAGCUGCUUGGAGAGCUAGGCUUUCACCUUCCUUCUGACACAGGCAAAAUCUUCCCAAGAAUUCCCCACUUUUGGUGUCCGGAAGUACUAUUUAUGGUGGCAAAACGUCUUGGACCCAUUAAUAGUAGUUCCUUGAGGGUGUCUGUCGAAUGGAUGCAGGACAUGAUGCAGCAAAUGCGGGCCAUGACCCUCACUGGUGCCCUCGGUACCCUUGGCACUCAAGGAGAUGACGACACCGCUGUCCUCAAGGAUUCGUCAUUGCUUGAUUGUGAUGACUCCUCUGAACGAGUUAGUGAUUGCUCCAUGGAAAACAAUCGCUCAAGCCCCACAUCACCUGCAUCCUCAAUAGAUGAGAAACUGACUCUGCUACACGAUGAAGAGACCGAGAGUAGUGAAUUUUCCCAAAGAAUCCCUAUGGCUGGUUUGAUGGUAUCUCCAGCAGGCGUACCAGCUGGUCAUGAGAAUCAAGAUGACCCAGACAGCUUAAUGACAUCUCCAGUACAAGUAAUAUCAACAGCUGAUGAUGUCAUGAUGAUGUUAUCAGACACUGAAGAGGCUCCUGCAUCUGUAGAAGUACCUUCUCUGUGUUCUGAAAACCUUGAAGUGAAAAUGGACACGUAGACUUUUUGGAAUGCUUUAACAUCAGUCAGACAUGUCAUGAAGGAUUAAUGUCAGUAAUGUCAGUGUUGAUGAGUUAAAAAAGUGUGGUGGAUGAAUAUAAAAUCAUUAUGAUUGAAGUCAUUCCAACAGAAAAUAAGUGAAGUUGUUUAAUAAUUUAUCUAGUUUUUAAGAUAGUAUAUUUUUUUUAAUGUGUACAUAGUUUGUUAAAUGGACUGUACGACAAUGUGUUUCAAGCACAGGAAAUUGAGUAGUGCAACAGCAGUUGCACUACUCACCCUAUGCAUGGAUGAAAUAUUGAAGUAUAAUUUUUUUUAUGAAGAAUUAUUCAUGUAUAGCUGUAUAUUUAUACUGCUAAUGCAAAAUUUCUUAUGUUUUCAUGAAUCAUUACACAUGUACAGUUGUUCAUACUUAAACAUCCCAUACACAUAAAGCAGGCACUAGGGGAGCAAAUUCUUAGCUCUUGAGUACAAAUUAUAUUACCAUGAAUAGCAGGACCAUUUUACUUUAACUGUACUGGUCUUUUUUGAGGAAAGAGGAAAGUAAGUUAUUUUUUCUAGAAAUGAUUCUUGGCAAGCUGUGAUAAUGAUAUAUAUAUGUGUAUAUAUAUAUAUAUAUAUAUAUCUUGUGAAAAAAUUCAGAUUGUGCCAUAGAAUUGUUAGAAUUUUCCUCUUGUGAUCAGGUACUUGUUUAUGUAGAUUUGUCAUGCAGGACAGUAGUUGAACAGGCCUGCCUUUGUAGAAAAACUUAUAGUAAGUUUGGAUCUCUUUCAUUAUAAGAUCAUGUUCCUCUAGUCCUUCAAGUUCUUGACUUCAAGCUCAAAGCAAAAUAUAUUUCAGGUUUUUGUGUUAAUCUUUUUUUAUUGUUAGGCAUACUUUGCAAUGUCCUCAGUGUAAUGUAUAUAUUUGUCCAUAUGUCAGUAAAAUAUUUAUAGAUAA